ACAAGAGAUGGGUAGAUGUAGAACAAACAUAGAUCCUUAUUUUUCCUCCAAGUGACCAUCUGCGCAACCAAAAAAUGAGCUGCUCCUUGUUGAAUCCGCUCCAAGUUGGUUCGAGUAGAUGCCAACUCCCGAAGCAACAUCCGAGCCUUCGUCCUUCGUUGAGUAUACAUUUUCCCGGAGCUUUGUCGCGUUGCGGAUGGAGAGCAAAAAUGGUAGGACCAGUGAGACCUAAAUUCGUUCUCUUUGGUUCUUCUAUAGUUCAGUACAGCUUUGACGAUAGAGGAUGGGGUGCUGAUAUUGCCAAUUUGUAUGCCCGUCAGGCAGAUGUUAUUUUACGUGGCUAUGCUGGUUGGAAUUCAAGUCAAGCUCUACAGGUCGUGGAUGAAGUUUUUCCAAAGGAUUCAAUCAUCCAACCUUCUCUAGCGAUAGUCUAUUUUGGUGGUAAUGAUGCAAUCAUUCCCCUUCCUUUUCCGGGCGGUAGUCACGUGCCACUUCCUCAAUUCAUUGAUAACAUGACCAAGAUUGCCUGCCAUAUCAAGAGCCUCUCGACAACGACUCGCAGCAUCUUCCUCACACCACCACCGGUAAACAGUGAUCAAAUUAGAGAGCUAUUGCCAGGACUUGAGAAGCUUCGAACGAUGGAGAAUCUUGAGAUCUAUACAGAUGCGUUAAUUGACAUUUGUAGGGAGAUAGGCGUUGAAUAUGUUGAUUUGUUUAGGGCUGUUCAAAAGAGAGAAGAUUGGCUAACCUUCUUCACGGAUGGUGUCCAUUUUACAGAAGAAGGAAGCCGCGUAGUUUUUGAUGAAAUUAAGAAUACGAUUAACAGGGCAAAUUGGGUACCAAGCUUGGCUGUGGGAUCCAUGCCAAUUGAAUUCGGAAAUAACACAGGACUACGUUCCUUUGACUUUGAAGGCUCGAGCAUCAUUCUAGAUUAAUUUUAACUACUGUUCAAUCUCUAUUUUUUAGACCUCAACAAAGGACCAGCCGUCGGUGGAUCCAAACUUAUAAAUUAUUAUUUAUGCUUUAAUUAGUAGAAUUGUGUUAUGUUAAAUAGUUUAGCCAACAAUAAUUAUCUCUAUCAUAGAACGAAAAUGAUGCAUUUUUAUUUUUUUGGA